GUUACUAUUACCAUAUAAUGGAAACAAUAAUAAAGAAAAUGAAGAUACAAUCAUUGAAUUAAAAAAUACCAUUGUAGAAUUACAAAAGGUUGGUAAAAAGGACAUUACAAACGAAAUUAAAGAAUCAUUUUUUGAAAAAUUUGACCUUUUGCCCACCACAGAAGAAUUAUCUGAAAUUCUGCUGACACCAUUUAAGAUUAAAAUACCAAUAAUUAGAGAGAAAUAUCAAACAUGGAUAUCAACUGGUUUUUCUUAUGACUGCAUGUCAGCAACAGGGCAUAUUAUACAGGGAUCAGAAAAUAAUCAGAUUCCUAAAUAUGAUAGGCUAAUGGGUUGUACUUGGGAAAAGUUAAAUCAGGCAUUUGGUCAAGAUAUAAAGAUUGAUCAUAAUGUUACUGAUAAAAACACAACUAUUGGGAAGAAAAGAUCAAUGAUAUUGAUAAGGCAAUAUCUGAAUUGA